CCCCCUGCUGGGCUCGGCGCCGCGUGCAUCCGGGGCCCCGGCCGGCGGUGACGUCAGCGCUAUAAAGGGCCGCAGCUCCUUUGUUCGCUCCCAUUGCGCAGUUGGGGCAGGGUGGGAGUGGAGGUCUCUUGUAUCAUCAAAAUGGUUGAAGCAGAUCGUCCUGGGAAGCUGUUCAUCGGUGGCCUGAACACAGAGACAAAUGAGAAAGCCCUUGAGGCUGUAUUUGGCAAAUAUGGACGCAUUGUGGAAGUCCUCCUGAUGAAAGAUCGUGAAACCAACAAGUCAAGAGGGUUUGCUUUUGUAACGUUUGAGAGUCCAGCAGAUGCUAAAGAUGCUGCCAGAGACAUGAAUGGAAAGUCAUUAGAUGGGAAAGCAAUUAAAGUGGAACAAGCAACCAAGCCAUCCUUUGAAAGUGGUGGUAGGCGUGGGCCACCACCCCCUCCACGAAGCAGAGGUCCUCCCAGGGGCCUUAGAGGUGGAAGAGGCGGAAGUGGCGCGAGAGGACCACCUUCAAGAGGGAGUCACUUGGGGUCUUCUCGAGGGCCACUUCCCAUGAAGAGAGGUCCACCUCCACGAAGUGGAGGCCCUCCACCUAAAAGAUCUGCACCUUCGGGACCAGUGCGUAGCAGCAGCAUGGGAGGAAGAGCUCCUGUGUCACGUGGAAGAGACAGUUAUGGUGGUCCUCCACGCAGAGAACCGAUGCCAUCACGAAGAGAUGUCUACAUGUCUCCAAGAGAUGAUGGCUAUAGCACUAAAGAUGGUUACUCGAGCAGAGAUUACCCCAGUUCCAGGGACACACGGGACUACGCGCCACCUCCCCGCGACUAUGCGUAUCGCGACUAUGGUCAUUCCAGUUCACGUGAUGAAUACCCCUCCAGGGGCUAUAGCCUUUCCUCUUACAGCGAUCGUGACGGAUAUGGUGGUGGACGUGACAGAGACUACUCAGAUCAUCCAAGUGGAGGUUCCUACAGAGAUUCGUAUGAGAGUUAUGGUAACUCACGUAGUGCUCCACCUGCACGAGGGCCCCCGCCAUCUUAUGGUGGAAGCAGUCGAUAUGAUGAUUACGGCAGCACACGUGAUGGAUAUGGAAGCCGAGAAAGUUACUCAAGCAGCAGAAGUGAUGUCUACUCAAGUGGCCGUGAUCGUGUUGGAAGACAAGACAGGGGUCUUCCCCCAUCCAUGGAAAGGGGCUAUCCACCUCCUCGUGAUUCAUACAGUAGUUCAAGCCGCGGAGCACCCAGAGGUGGUGGCCGUGGCGGAAGCAGAUCUGACAGAGGUGGAGGCAGAAGCAGAUACUAAAAACACUCUUAACUUUUUUUGGACCAAGACAUUACUUCUCAAACAAAUUAAAAAAAAAAGUGGAAGUUCUAUCUUUACUACCAGAGGACUACUAAAAGGAAAAGUUGUUUUUACCUUUUUUUAUUGUUGCCUGUUAAGUUUUCCCCUCCAUGACUUUUAUGCUUUUGUGAAGAAAAGUUAAACCAGUGUUUAAUUUCAUUUCAAAAUUGUUAACAUUUCUUUCGAAAGGCAGAUGUUAAAUGUAUAAAAUUUGAGCUGUGUACUAGUGUUGUAAUUUCCAAAGUAAAGUUUCCCUGAAAUGCCA